GCUCAGUUGCAGUCGAGUUUUCUUUGCGUCUUGUCACUGCGCGGUAGAAAAUUGCUAAGAAUUCGCUUUUAUACAACAAAAAGUGCUUAAUAAUAUAUAUAUUAGUGAUAUAAAGUGCAACCGCAGUUAUCGCCACUGUGAUUUGUGCUUAAAUACGCGGGCCUAACGCUUGUGGCAGGUUAUUCAAUACAAAUGCUGUGAAAUGUGUGUUCAGUUCUUUGAUUAACCCACUUUACUUUGUGCCUGCCAAUAAGAUUUUUAUAGCGUCGAAAUAAACAAGAAAAAAAGGCGGCUAAAAUAAGAGGAACCAGCGCAGCAAGCAACAAAAACUCCAACAUCACAACUAUGGCCUCCGAAAUGGACGAGCUCAUCGAGCAGCUGAAAACGACAAGCGUCAGCCUGGACAAUACGACGACGACGCUGCUCUGCGAGAUUUCGGCCACAAAGGAUCCCAAAUUGUUUGACAAGCACGAGCUGGCCGAUUGUUUUCUGCGUCUGACACAGUGCGAGGACACAACCGUGCGCAAGGAGGCGGCCAAAUGCAUUGCCGAGAUAACCAAAUCGGAGGUGCAACGAAAGAAGUUCACCAAACGCGACAUCAUCGCUGCCUUCCUCGAGUGCCUGCGCCAUGUGCCCGCCGCGGAUGGCAGCAUGGAGCUGCCCAUACAGAUAUGCCGGGCGCUGGGCAACAUUUGUUAUCUGAACGAUGAGGCGCGUGAUCUCAUUUUGGAGCUGCAGGGCGAUGCGGUGCUAUUGCGCCUGCUCGACAUAGCCGAGAUCGAGGAUGUGGCCAAUGCGCCGCAGUUCAUCAAAGUGCGCGGCGGCUUGCUCUCCAAUUAUCUGUUGGGCGGCGAGGGUCUGGCCAAGCGUGCCAUGGAGCUGGGCAUAAUGCAGCAGCUGCAGCGCAUUGUGGACACGGGCGCUGACAAUGUCGAAAAGCACGAGGAUCUGCUGCUCAACACGUUGCCGCUGCUUAGCAUACUCACCGAGAAUGUGGCCGAUUUGAACUUUGAAUCGCAGCUGAAUAUCAAAUUAUCACGCAUUUUGGCCGCCUCCACAAAUCCCGAUCUGGCCGAAAUGUGCCUCGAGCUGCUGCACUAUCAGGCGGAAAGCGACGAGGUCAAGCUGCUGCUGGCCAAGGAUGGCCUCUGCGAGACCAUCUACAAUCUGCUGGAGAAAUACAAGACGCUGGCCAGCACCAGCGAGGCGCGUGCGCUCAUGAAACUGGCCUGUGAACUGAUUGUGCUCAUCCUGACGGGCGAUGAAUCCAUGCACUAUUUGUACACCACGCCGCUGCUAAAGAACAUGGUCGACUGGCUGGACUCGACGGAUAUUGAUCUAUUGACCACGGGCGUCUUGGCCCUGGGCAAUUUCGCGCGCACCGACAGCCAUUGCAUUUACUUUGUGGAGCAGCAGACCAUGAAGAAGCUGCUACAGGUGUUGGCCAAAAAUAAUGGCGUCAAGGACGAUGUGCGUCUGCAGCACGCACUGCUCAGUGCACUACGCAACCUGGUCAUACCCAAGCCGAACAAGAAUGCGGUCAUUCAGGCGGGCCUCGUACAGACCAUAUUGCCCAUGCUGGAAAUCCAUCAGCCGCCGGUUGUGUUCAAGCUGCUCGGCACGCUGCGCAUGACCGUAGAUGGUCAGGAGAAACUGGCACUGGAGCUGCUGAAGAAUAAGACGCUGAUCGAGCAGCUGGUGCACUGGAGCAAAUCGUCCGACUAUGCGGGCGUCACUGGCGAAUCGCUGCGUCUGAUGGCCUGGCUGAUUAAGCACGCGUAUCUCAAUAAGAUUGCCUAUGCGCUGCCCCGCAAAGGUGAUGCCCCGGCCGAACAGAUUGCGGACAAGAUACCCUUGGCCCAAGACUAUGAUCGCAGCAGUCUCAGUGAAUUUCUGGCCAAUGAGGGCACCAUCGAGGCCAUGGUCAGCAUGCUGACAGCACAGCAUCUGGUCAUGCAGAACGAGGCACUGAUUGCCCUAUGCAUACUCUCUGUGGUGUAUCUAUCGAAGCCCACCGAGGCGGAGCAGGCGCAACGUUUGCAGGAUGAGCUCAUCAAAUGCAAUGUGGGCGCCAAACUGGCGGAGCUCAUUACCAAAUCAUCGGACAGCAUGACCAAGGAGAUUGUCGAGAAUCUGGAGAAUUGCAUUAAUCUGCUGAAGACAGCCGAUAAACUGGUCGCACAUCUCGAGCAGCACAACAUAAACGAGCUGCUCAAAUCCAUACCCAUUCUAACCGAAUACUGCACCUUGUAAGGAUUAUAGGCAGCGGAAAUCAGGCACAUUUGCAUUUAUACGAGAGAAAUCUACCCUCGCUGUCCAAGCACCGCCAGUUGCCUAUUUCAGCCCACACUCAGACAGACACACUCCACAAGUUGGCCCCAAUUGUAGUUUCCACCUUAGAGCAACGAUUCAGAUCUUAGACUUGAUUAUAUAUAGUUUCAUUAACCUGAAACAGAACAGACGUGAACAGAACAGAUGAUACGGGAAUGUAUUUUUUAGAC